AUGUUUAUUCUACGUUUGGAAAUCACAAUGUUUGCAAACAAACAUGGCAGCGGACAGAAAUUUUCCGUCGGAAUGGCUUUUGACAUGCAAAAAGUCAUUGAUUAACUCUGCGGAAUGGAAGUCAUUUUCAUCGGAUCUUCAGACUGCACUGCAGAAUGAAAUGAGGGUAACUGGAGUGAAGGAUUUUGGUGAUCUGUCAGAUAAUGAGAAAAAGCUACUCAUUAACAAGGCUGCAACUACAUUAAAACAUGGAAACAACUUUGAACAAUUUCAACAAAAGUUAUCUAAAGAUGUUGAUGAAAAGCUAAGCCAAGAGGUGAACAAAGAGCUAUUGAAAUCAUUUCCUACUCGAUCGGAUACAAAACCACAGUUACUGUUCCAGCAUGUUGUAGAGGGCGCCAGUCACCUUUUAAAACAAUGGCCAGAGAUGAAAUCAAAGUUGAAGAUUUUCUUGAACCAGCCUUUAAUUCCAUUCCGUGAACUUUCAUGGAAACUGCAUCUUCAAAAUCCAUCAAUUGCUAAGGAAUACUGCAAUAUAUUAAAGAGGAAUCCCAAUGAUUUGAUGUCUGUAUUGGAUUUGGAAAUCAUCCACAAAUCAGAAGCAGCGUUACAAACCGAGCCAACAUUCCGUCCAUUAGCAAAUAACAGGAGUAUUUUACAUGCUAUGAAGUCCAUUCUUUCUUAUCAUCAUGCUAGAAAACAGACCAAAACGCCAUUACUAGAGCCAGAUAUCAUGUUAGCGGUACCUUUCCUAGUCGUUGCACUCAUGGACAACAAGCCUGAAGAGCUUAUCAGUCGGCCCACUAUGUUAUUGAUGAUUCAAGAAUAUCAGAGCUUUAUGUCAACAAGACCCACGUACCUGAAGGAGUCCUAUCAUGCGAACUUUCAAGCAUCAAUUGAACUGUUUGUUUCUAAGUUGAUUGAAUUUCUUAAAAGAGGUAAUGAGGAUCUAGCAACACACAUAGAGGGCGUAUGUCAAAAAGAGGAUACCUCAUCAAGUAAGGAGGCUACUUCUGUUUUGAGUCCAUGGUCAAGGCUAAUUCGACCAAUGAUCAGAUGUUUUUUUGUCGGUUACUUAACGAUGGAUGCAGUGCUAUUUGCUUGGGACCAGUACAUCUUGUGCUUGGACAGUCCUCGGUCCAGCAUAGUGCAAGUACUCACCGCAUCAGUCCUCUUGACCCUGAGUAGGGAACUUAAGGCAUGCCAUUCAUUACAAGAAAUGCAGGAAGUUUUGAAAACAAAAUCAAGGCAAGUGAAGAAAGAGGAAUUAAUGUACAAGAUAAAAAAGUACUUUUACGAUGAACUUAAACAGGAAUUGUCACAAGACCAAUCCAGCUUUCAUACAUUUGAUCCCACUCAUCGAGCUAUAGCAGAGCCAUUCCACUCGCUAAAUUCUGAAACCCUAGCCCCAGUUGUAAAUGCGCAAGAUAGACGUCUAGCAAGACUCCAACGUGAACAAGAAAGGCAGAGAGAAAUUGAAAAAAGAAACGAUAUGGAGAAAGAGGAAAUUAAGCAGACAGCUAAUCGAAUACUGGUAGAGAAACUGGAGGAAGAUAAAAAAGAGAAAAAACUGGAGUUGGAAAACCGCCAUUUACAACAACAGCUGGAACAGGAAAGGGAGCUGAGAAUUAAGUACGAGAGAAGAGCACGCAGAGAAAUUGACCGCCUUAUAGAAGAGUUAAGAUCUUCUAGGCAUUUAGACUCACCCCCUCUUAUACCAGAAUCUAAAGUUCAAACACCUCCUCUACCAAGAAUAUCUCAGCUUAGUCAUAACUCAAUUAAUCCACCUGUGUCACCACUCAGCAGAGGAUCUACAGCAAAGCCAAAAAAAGAUCUGCAGGAAAGAUCAGAUGAGCAGGCAGCAAAGAAAACGACUCUAGAUGUAAUUCAAAAGGUGAUGCAGAGUUUUAACCACGGUAUGAAAGACACAAGUUUCUUUGCUUUGUGCAGGGCCGCCAGAACCGUGCCAGCAGCACCGACUUAGGCCUGAUCACUUUUCUCAAUUCUAUUGUUUUUUUUCAAAUAAAUAUACACUGAUACCUAUAUGAAGCUAGAAUUAAAGAAUUUAAAAAUAAUUUAAACAAAAAUUCACCAUGCGCUUGUUUUUGUAUUGCCUAUGUACAUUCAACUUUUUGACAAUCAUUAGUUUUAGAAAUUAAGAUUGAUUUUGAAAAUCCUUAUAGGUAUAAAUAUAAAAUAGCAAUCAACUAUUUAUAACAUUUCGGGGGUUGGAUUAUCACCACACUAAGGUGUACGGGUCAAGCUGGCACUGAUUACUUGCAAUCAAAAUUAAAAUCCCUAAAGUGAAGGACAUUUAUUUUUUAGGUAUGC